CUGCCCGGCCGCAAUGUGAGCGGGGAUGACUCACCUCUCGAUCCGCCCGAACAGACUUAUUUACACUUCGCUCAAAGUGAAUUAUUGCUCGAUUAUAAUAAAAUUAAACAACAAACAUUGCGAGAUCCUUUAUUAGGGAGAGUAUUACUUUAUAUUAAAAGUGGCUGGCCGGAUCAAAAUGAAAUAAGGGAAUUGCAACCUUAUUUUAAUAGAAAAAAAGAGUUAUACGAGGAAUUAGGAUGUAUCAUGUGGGGUCAUAGGGUGGUAAUUCCUGAAAACUGUAGGGAUAGGGUUUUAAUGGAUUUGCAUGAACCGCAUAUGGGGGUUAGUAAAACUAAAGCGAUGGCCCGCAGCUACGUGUGGUGGGCGGGGAUCGACGAAGCGGUGGAGGCGGUAUGCAAGCAGUGCGAAGUGUGUGCCGCGGAGGCGGAUGCACCAACCCGUCAUACUGUAAAUCCAUGGCCGUGGCCUUCAAGGCCCUGGUCACGGAUUCAUUUAGAUUUUUUGGGUCCUUUUCAAGAUAAAAUUUACUUAAUUUUAAUUGACGCGAGAACUAAGUGGAUCGAGGUAUAUCCUGUUCCUAGUACCGCCGCGCGUUAUACAUUGAAUAAAUUAGAGGAAGUUUUUGUGAGAUGGGGGCUACCGAAGCAGAUGGUAACCGACAAUGGUCCGCCAUUUACAAGUACGGAUUUUUCAAAAUUUACAAAUAAAUUAGGCAUAGAACAUUUAUUUUCAGCUCCUUACCACCCUGCGUCAAACGGUGCCGCCGAAAAUGCUGUACGUACGAUAAAAAAAGUAAUACGAAAGGCAAUCCGUAAAAAAGAGGACAUUCAAUCAUUUCUUAACACGUUUUUAUUACAUUACAGAAACACGGAACAUAGUACUACUGGGGAAAGCCCUGCUUCUCUAAUGUUAGGACGUAGUUUACGUACAAAAUUAGAUUUACUUAGACCAGAUAGGGAUAAAAAAGUGAAGGAAGCCCAAACGCGUCAAAGGAAGUUAGGAACAGAGAACAGUCGGUCUUUAGAGCCGGGAGAGAAUGUGUGGAUGCGACAGUAUCAGGGCGCUAAUAAAUGGGUGGCGGGUAAGGUUAUAGAACGAUUAGGCGCGACGGAUUAUAGUAUUUUAGAUGAUGUAGGGAGAGGAUCGCACAGACAUAUUGAUCAGUUAAGACGGAGAUCUACGCGUAAUUCCAUAGUUGCUCCAUACACUCCAUCGCAGCAUGAUUCCCCUGGGGUUCGGACACCGGCACUCAUGAGCGAUAGUCCAAAGAUGCCAAGAAUGGGUGAGCCGGUUGUCAGAGAGGAGUCGUGUGGAGAGAGACCGCCACCAGAGCUAAACGAGCCAAAGACUGAUAUGGUUCCAAGUUCGCCCACACUCGCAGCUGAGUCGCCGCUGCCCGUGUCACCGCCUCGGAUACGGCCAAUACGCAAAUGUCGUUUAGUUAAACCAUUGCAUGAUAGUGUUAAAUAA